AUGCUUGUUGAUGAGCAAGUGGCAAUGUUUUUACAUAUUAUUUCUCAUCACCUUAAAAAUCGAGUUAUCAAGCAUCACUUUAAUAGGUCCGGGGAAACCGUUAGCAGAUCAUUUCACAAUGUUUUAAAUGCUGUCAUACGCUUACAAGAUGUAUUAUUUAAAAAGGCAGAGCCAAUUACAGCUAAUUCUACAGACCCAAGGUGGAAAUGGUUUAAGAAUUGCUUAGGUACUUUAGAUGGAACCCACAUCAAGAUUAGGGUUCCAACAGUUGAUAAACCUAGAUAUCGAACACGAAAAGUUGACAUAGCAACAAAUAUGUUAGGUGUUUGUACACCUGAUAUGCAAUUUGUUUAUGUUCUUCCUGGUUGGGAAGGUUCUGUUGCUGAUGGACGAGUUCUUUGA